AUGGGAACAAGAAUGAAAAGCCUAUUUCCUAAGUGUAAUUAAUUAAUUUCGCUGGCUGGGCCCGACUGCGCCCAACUGCAAACUGCAGCCGCAUUUGCCUGCCAUCCGUCAUCCAUUUCCGAAUCAGAAUCAGUUUGUCCAGCGCUCUGCCGUCGCGAGCACGCUCCAAAGAGGCCAAUCGGAAGAAUUUGGGACUUUCUUGAGUUGCGACACGCACACUUUCAAGCUGGACCACAUUUUCGAGGACUGUCAGCGGCAGCAGUUUCACAAAAUGUCUCAUGGCGAGCGGAAAGGCCGCCUCAAUGUGGUCAAGUUUCUCGAACUGGGCUUUGCGGUAGCGUGUCUGGUGCUCCACUUCUACAGCUUCAACGAUCGCGAUAUAAUGACUUCGUUCCUGGCCACUGGCACCUUCACGGGCUACAUCAUAGUGGUCAUCGGGGUCUUUGCAGGUGUUCUGAUGCGGGCGCCCAUACACAAGCGCAUCGACAUAUUCUUCAGCGUCCUGGGCUGCACCCUGUUCGUGGCCAGCGGCGUGUUCAUCAUCGAGGCCUGGGAGUUCUCCUUCCGCACCCGGACUCGGGAUCUCGCGCUCAUCAAGGCCUCGCUGUCCAUCGUCAAUGGGGUGCUAUUCGGAUUCGAUGCGGUGUUCACAUUCCGCGACAAGUGAAUCGUUCAGUUUCCGACGGCAGCCACUGGCCAGAUCCGCUGGAGCUUCUUUCGUAUGCAUUUAAUAGCUUGUAAGGGUAUACAUUUCUUUCCGGUUCAACUGGCCAUGCCGCCAAUCAUACAAACAACCAAACUGUUAACGUUUAUCUUUAUAUUUAAGUGUUUUUUUUUUCUCAAUAAAAAGUAAUUCGCCAUCGCUCAA